CAUGGUGGUAUCAUCCCCUCCUCCUCCUCCCCUCGCGCACCCACCACCCACCGCCCCUCCCGUCACCUAGUCGGAUAGUCCCAGUCCACCCCUCUCCCUCCCCUACCGUGCCGCCACAGCCGCCGUCGGGGAGCGUCAUGCCCACCGCGACCUCGCUGCUGCUGGGCGGCGGCAGGCUCCCGCGGUUUCAGUUGCAGUCCCUCCGCGCGCCCACCAAGCCGCCCUUCUUCCGCGGCCCCGCCUCCUCCCCGCACGUCCCGCUCGGCCGAUGCUGCGCCCGCGCGGGGCCCCGCCCACUGGCCCCCGUCUCCGCCUCUGCGCUGCCCGUGCCGGUGACGGCCGCUGCUCCCCCGCCGGGGGUGGAGGAGGAUGGCUGGGGGAGGGCGGCCGCCGCGGCCGCGGCCGUGAGGAGGGUAGCGGUGGCGGUGGCGUGCGGGGCGCUCGCGGCGGCUUGGUGCCGCCGGGCGAUGGCCGUGGGGGCCGCGGCGGGAGCGGGGGCCGGGGCGCCGGGGGCGGUCGAGGCGGCCGCGGGGUUCGGAGGGUUGGCGCUGCACGGGGGGUGGCCCAGGGUGCUGCAGGUUCUGCAGCUGAUCAGGGAGCAGGGCCUGGUCCUGGCCGCGCUGCUCGGCCUCUCUGCCUUUUUCUCCAUGGCGGAGACCUCUAUCACGACGCUGUGGCCUUGGAAAGUUCGUGAACUAGCUGAAAAGGAACCUGAGAAUGGUGUUUUCAAAAUGCUCCGAAGUGAUGUUACUCGCUUCCUGACAACCAUUCUCAUUGGCACAACUGUGGUCAACAUUGGCGCAACUGCAAUUGUUACUGAGGCAGCAACGGCAAUGUUUGGUGAAGCAGGUGUUAGUGCAGCAACAGGCGUCAUGACUGUUGCCAUCUUACUUCUUACAGAAAUUACCCCCAAAAGUGUUGCAGUCCAUAAUGCCACAGAGGUUGCUAGGUUUGUGGUAAGACCAGUCGCAUGGCUUUCGCUUAUCCUGUAUCCAGUUGGGCGGAUUGUUACUUUUCUAUCCAUGGGAAUGCUUAAGAUUCUAGGCCUGAAAGGGAGAAGUGAACCAUAUGUUACUGAAGAUGAACUGAAAUUGAUGUUACGAGGAGCGGAGUUGAGUGGUGCAAUUGCAGAAGAUGAACAGGAUAUGAUCGAGAAUGUCCUGGAAAUUAAAGAUACUCAUGUGAGGGAAGUAAUGACGCCUUUGGUGGAUGUAGUUGCAAUUGAUGCUAUCGCAACACUUAUUGAUUUCAAAAAUCUGUGGGAAACUCAUCAGUACUCAAGAGUCCCUGUUUUUGAGGAGCGCAUAGAUAAUAUCGUUGGAAUCGCAUAUGCAAUGGACAUGCUUGAAUACGUUGAAGAGGUUGAAAAGUUGAAGGAAAUCACUGUUAAGGAAAUCGCACAUAUGCCUACAUACUUUGUUCCAGAUUCAAUGUCGGUUUGGAACCUAUUGAGAGAAUUCCGGAUCAGGCAGGUUCAUAUGGCAGUCGUCCUCAAUGAAUAUGGUGGAACUAUUGGUAUUGUAACACUAGAAGAUGUGGUGGAAGAAAUAGUUGGUGAAAUCUUUGACGAGAAUGAUUCAAAGGAGGAAAUCCAGAAGAAAACAGGUUAUAUAGUACGGCAGGAAGAUGGAACAUUUCAUGUUGAUGCAAAUACGUCAAUAGAUCAACUAUCUGAAGAGCUUGGUAUUAAAAUACCAGAGGGCCAUCAGUAUGAGACGGUAUCCGGUUUUGUUUGUGAAUCUUUUGGCUAUAUUCCAGAAGAGGGUGCAAAAAUGCUUGUGAUUCUUGAAAAGGAUUACAGAGAAGAAAAUGGUGAAUAUCAGGAGGAAGGUUCUGAUCGCCAAGAUGAUAGAGAAAAAACUCAAGCAUACGAACUUGAGAUACUAGAGGGUAAUGCAAGGAAGGUGGGUAAGGUCCUGUUUAAGCCAAUAAGCAGUGAAUGUGUAGAUGUCGACGACAAGGGAGUGAACCGUCUGAUUUCCAAGAAGAUCAUCAAACGGAAGAAGAAAGACUGUGGUGAUUCGUCCAACAGCGAUGAUGACGAGUGUCCAGACAUUACAGAGAAUGGCUGCCCUGCAGAAGUACUCUCAUGCUCGGACGAUAACAGUGCCGAAUUGGAAGAUGCAAGCAGUUCUAGUGCGCGAAGGUGACAAGAAAACAACUCCAAGACCAUCAUACUACGGUUAGACCCAAGCAUGCAGGUUGCGCGUUAUACCUUUUUGUUUUCAAGACAAGAGCUCACAGACCCUACCUACUACAGAGUGUUAGAUUGUGAAGGUUGAGGAGUGCAUGAUCUGAAUUGCACAAUGGCGUCGUUCGUUGGGAGGGGAACGGGCAGCUCCUCUGCUCCUCCUCAUCCGGACUACUUGAGAGAAAGAAUCAGCAUCGAUGGAUGAGUGACAAGAAGAUCCACUCAUGAAUGGUAUGGUACACGUACACCAUUGAUCUUACACAUGCAUCUCCGUGCGUAGUUUACAAGUUUACAUCACGUGCAGGCAGACGCAGCUGCUGAUGAUCUGAAUCUGAA